AUGGGCGUACACAGUCUCUGCGUGGCAGGCCUGGCGUUGGCCAGCAUAGCCAUGGCCCAGAAUGCCAGCUUGACUCAAGAUAACACCAUUUCCUCGGCUGGGCUCGUUUCCAAUAACUCCAGGUUUGAUACAAUCCUACGGGUGGACAACGGGACUUACGGCCCUGCAGUCGAGGAAGUCCACUAUUUCUACAAAUACUGGCCGAUUGGCAUCGCAGUGUCCAGCACCUCGAGAAUCUUUGUCUGCUACACCCGGGGGGACUACGACUAUACCGUUGCGGAAGUCAACAGCACAACUUCAGAGACUCCUUUCCCGUCUGCCGACCUGAAUUUGCCUGCUGAUGCACUUAACACAACUUUCAAUGGGAUCGACUUUGGAAGUGCCAAUUCCACCGGCUUGAUCAGUGUGCAGGCUCUCUAUAUCACUCCUGCAACUUCUUCAGGCCGACCUGAGACGCUGUGGCUCUUGGACACAGGCCGGCCAACCAUACAGUCCUCUUCUGGGAGCUACACCAUGCCCUACGCACAACCAGGCGGGCCAAAAGUUGUGGGCGUCAAUUUAUCGAACAAUACUGUCUAUACAACCUACACGUUUCCAUCCACUGUGCAUUAUCCCGACUCGUACAUGAACGACAUCCGCUUCGAUCUGCGAGCCGGGUCCGAAGUGGCAUACAUUGUGGACUCCAGCAACGAAGGCCGCAAUGGAUUCAUCAUGCUGAAUCUCACAGACGGCGCGUCCUGGCGGAGACUAACGCAACAUCCAUCUGUGCUGCGUACAUACAACGCAUUGCCGAGCUAUCAAGGCCAUCCAUUCUACUACCGGAAUCCGGGAAUGAGCAUCUCGCAUCAACAAGAGGGUCUUGACGGGAUCCAGAUAUCUCCCGACGGCGAAUACAUCUAUUACUCGCCACUGACGUCGCAGAACCUCUACCGUGUUCCCACCGCUAACCUCCUGUUACAAGACAGCCAAAGCCCACUUGCUGAACAAGCAGCCUCCAACAAUGUCUCAUGGCUCGGGCAACGGGGAGGCGAGGCCAAUGGCUUCGAGGGCGACAGUCACGGCCUGAUCUACAUGCUCAUGCCCACGCACAAUGCAAUCUACUACUAUGACCCUGCAGACCUGCAAGUUCAUGGAUUCAUAAGAGACCCGAGGAUCAUCUGGCCCGAUAGCGCGAGCAUCGCAGAAGACGGGUACUUUUACGUGAUCAUCAACCAGUUGCCAUAUCAGGAUGAGUGGAACAAUGCUGUCAACCUGAGGCAGUUUCCGGGGGCAAUACUAAGGGCCAAACUGUUGAAUAAUGCCACAAAGAUUACCUCUUUGGUAUAA